AUGUCGACAAACAGCCCACGAAAGUCAAUUGACAGCUUGGCCUCUGGGGUAUCAUCGCCUUCAGUCUCUUAUUCAACCAGCCAGUUGGAAUCUCCUCGCGUGCCCCCUCAGCGGUUUCCCCUGAGGAGGGGAUCAACCGCGAGCUCGAUAGCGAGCAUCGGAGGUGUUUUGGACUCCUCUCAUCAUCAUAACUCAAUCGCGGAGUCGGAUCAAAAUGCCAUUUCAACCCUCCUGCAGCCUCCGAUCAUCCGCACCGGUCUGACAGCCCAGAGUGCCACGUCGUCAACCGGCUUCAAACCCCCAUCCUCCCGCGACAUCCCCCCGGUGACUCUGACGAAUAUAACCCGCGUUGAUGCAAAAGUCUUUCAACCAUACCUUUCGCAAGUGGGGACGCUGUACGAUGUAUUCCAACGACCAAAGGAGGGCGGGGAGGAACCCCAACCGGGGCAGAUGCCCAAGUCACCGAGACCAGAUUCAGAACGCGAUGCAUUGAUGCCAUGGUCCCCCGAACGAAGGUCUUCGGUCAUGUCGACCAAUUCAAGAUCAUCUUCGCCUUUUGAUACUCGGGGAAGACGUCCUUCUACCGGCCGUGGGCGUGCUCCCGCAGUGACACCUCUGUCCACGAUACCCCCCGUUUAUUUCGAAGAGGACUUCCAUCUAGAGAAUCCCCGCACAUUUGACGUGAUAUCGGAGAAAUCAGACGUGGUUCGGCCCCCACGACCUCCAACCAAGGACGAAAAACACACCAAUGGCCUGGUUCCCGAGCCCACGCAAACAGGCAGAAAGGCGUUGGCAACAAACGCUAUCCUCCAAGAGAAACUGUCGUGGUACAUGGAUACUGUAGAAAUCCACCUCAUUUCCUCCAUCUCUACAGCCUCGAAAUCCUUCUUCACGGCCCUAGGAUCACUUCGGGAAUUGCAUGCGGAAGCGGCUGAUUCUGUCAAUCGGAUCCAGGUCUUGCGACGAGACUUGCAAAAGAUCGAUAAAGAGAUGGCUCUAGGUGGUCUCAAGGUUGUCAAUUUGAGACGACGACGGGAAAACGUCAGAAUGUUGGCAGCUGCAGUCGCGCAGCUUCGCGACGUUGUGGAAUCAGUGUCCCGGUGCGAGGAGCUUGUGGAGCAAGGCGAGAUUGAAGAAGCUGCUGAAGGCCUCGAAGAGGUUGAGAAAUUGAUGGCUGGCGACAAGGUUUCUGAUCGCGCCCCUGCCGAGGAAGAAGACGGCUCACCGAGGCGUAUCAUUGACCUCAGAGGAAUCAAAGCACUGGAAGGGGCAUCUGAUGAUCUUGCGCAAUUGCGCCACCGUAUUGGCAUGGGCUACGAAACUCGUUUCUUGAACGACCUUUUGGGAGACUUGCGACAGCACAUCCAGAAUGUGCCAUCCGAGAAUACUCUGCAGCGCUGGGGGACUUCAUUCCAGCGGCAAAGGGGCGUCAGGCCAGUAUCCAUCUCACCGGCCUACAUGAGCUUCAAUAGCGAGUUGCGAACGCAGCUGGAUACCCAGCUCAAUGGUCUUGCCCGUGCUCGGUACACGAUGCCAGCGGCAACUUCGUUCAAGACCGCGGUUCUACGAGAAAUGAAGGGCCUGAUUCGCAAGCACCUGCCAAGCUCUAGUGAUGACGAUAAUGAAUCUAUGGUAUCGCUGUCCACCCACGGUGGGCACCAGCUCAGCCAGCAAGAGAAGUCUUCAAUCCUUGCUCGCAACCUCCGUGCCCUCGAACCCGAGGACGCUUACACGAUGCUUAUGAAUGUUUACACCGGAAUCAGCGAGUCUCUCCGACGCUUGAGCGUUCAAGUCAAAAUUCUACUGGAUAUCGCGAGUGGCCUCGGUGAUUCUCCAACUUCUGGUGUUCGGUCUCCACCCCGAAGCCCCAACCCGCAAAGCAUGGAUCAAGCCUUGAGGUCUCCGCAGGCUGGGCCCACGGCUGAGGACAUGGCCCAGGAUGAGAUUCUACAGGUUUUGGAUAUGUCAAGCCUACUUGGCCAAGCAGUCGAUAUCGCCCAGGCUCAGAUCACAAAGGUGUUGAAAGUUCGGUCCGAACAGACAUCUCACUUAUCGAAAGAGGAUUUCCUUCGCUACUUCACCCUCAACCGACUGUUCGCAGACGAGUGCGAGGCUAUAUCGGGCCGUGGUGGUACCGCACUGAAGACCAUUGUUGGCAAUCAAAUCCGCGAUUUCAUCACCCGCUUCGGCGAUGGUCAGCGCCAUCAAAUUGUGAAGGUCAUGGACUCCGACCGAUGGGACGCACAAGACUUCGGCGAUGCCGAAACCACCAUAUUGUCCCGAAUCCUGGACGCCAGCACCAAGGAUAUCGAUGCAUGGCUGGAUGCAUCCAAAAUAUGGAAUCCGGUCGAGAAGAGUGAUCUGGACCAAACUGGCGAUCAUGACGAGGCGAACAAUGGGACAGAUAAGUCCAAGGUGCGAAGUGCCAUUGUCGACGAGCAGAAAUACAUUCUGCCAGACUCAGCUGUUGCGAUGAUGCGCAGUAUUGAAGAGUUUGAGUUCCUCAUGUCCAACUUCCCCACGAUGAUUCAAGAUAUUGCGCCUCAUCUACUCGAUAUCCUCAAACUGUUCAAUUCCCGCUCAUCCCAGUUGAUUCUCGGCGCUGGUGCGACCCGCAGUGCAGGCUUGAAGAACAUCACCACAAAGCAUCUGGCCUUGUCCUCGCAGGCACUGAGCUUCGUCAUUGCGCUGGUACCCUACGUGCGUGAAUUUGUCCGUCGCUCAGGCCAAGCAAAUGCUCUGAUGGCAGAGUUCGACAAAGUGAAACGUUUAUGCCAAGAGCACCAGAGCGGAAUUCACGAGAAGCUUGUGGAUAUCAUGAGUGGACGCUCUUCUAUCCACGUCAAUGCGAUGAAAAAGAUCGAUUGGGAUGCCAAGGACGCGUCCCCAGCGGUCAACCCCUACAUGGAGACCUUGGCUAAAGAGACCGGUACCCUGCACCGUGUCUUGAGCAAGCACCUCCCCGACAUGACACUCGGUAUGAUCAUGGUUCCAGUGUUCAACAGCUACAGCGAUCAGUGGACCAAGGCCUUCGAGGAGGCCAAUGUGGAGACAGACGCUGGAAGGAAGAGAAUGCUAGCAGAUGUCGAACACUUCCGAACCAAGUUGAGCAAGAUUGACGGCGCCAGUGCUGUUGGCGACAAGCUUCUGGAAGUGGUACAGGCUAAGCCCAUUUCCACCGAAUCGGAAACCCCCGAACCCGAGACGGCACAGGAAAGCUCCGAGUCGACUAAGUCUUGA